AUGAAAAUAGUAAAAGUGGAAACUUGCCCCGAUGAGGAAAGGCGCCGUGUCCGUAUUUGGGUAGAGAAAACAUUCAGGGGGAGAAAACUUGAAAAGCUGACUGAAAUUUAUCGCACAUCAUACAAACCUGAUUAUAAAUUAAUACCUAAACAUGAAGAGGAAAAGUUAUUAGAGUUGGCUGAAACUAAACAACAAUCCUCAGAUAUAGUACUACCCAGAACCAUUGAAAUGCCACCUCUUAUGAAAAAAUUCAUUAUCAAAGAUCAUGAGAAAAAAGGAAUGGAGAUACUAAAAGAAUAUGUAAUGCCAUUAAGUUAUAACUUCAGCCCAAACAGAGUGCACAAAAUUGCCGAAGGAGAUGAAAAGCCAACAAUUCAGUUUACUAUGGGACUUGGAAAGCCUGCAAGUUCUUCACUGUAUGAAGGAGUGCAACUUAAU